UCGUCAAAUUUACGGACUAAAAUGUGCAAAAAUUGAAUAUUUUUUAACCAAAGUAAAAUACUUAUGCCGAAUAUUCUCAUAUUGCCUCAUUGAUGUUUUCUUUUUGGGUUUUGAGUAGGUACUUAUGAGUCUUUCUAUAAAAUGCUAUAAAAACUCAAAUGGAAUUUUUUUUAUUUUUUAACGGAUUUUAGCUGUGCUGAUAUCACCGCUAUAAAAUAAUUUCCAUAAUUUCGAUUCAGUUCGAUCAAUAAGGAUGAAAGUGAGAUUCUUGAUUCUUUUGGCACUUGUGGCGAUCCUCGCCUUUGACGGUGGAGAUUCUUGGAGUAGACGUAGAAGAAGACGUUGUCCCCCUACAUAUACAUCACAGUACCGCUCAGUGCGGAAACUUUAUACUGCUCUGUAUACACGCCAUGUUAGUGUAUUAGGUAAAUACAAAGGUUUGCUUGCAUUCGUCCUUCGAGAGGGUAGAAAUGCAAAGAGAUACGGCUACCAGAUGAAAGCUCUUGGACAAAAAAUGAUUGCUAAGUUCUACAGCUACAGGAAAUAUGCUUAUGGGGAUAUGGAAUUUGAGGACGAACCUUUUAUAGACGAGAGCCAUGAUUUCGACGAUGAUAAUAUCAGUGAACAAGUCAACGAUGAUCAGGACAUGUUUCAGGAUUCAGAAGAUUUUUCUGAAAACGAGGACGAAGAAGAAGUCAAGCAACUACCCGAUGAAGUGCAAGACACCGAUUCAAACGUGAUAGAAUCUCAUGAAAAAGAAUAAGAAGAGUCAAGGGGACGGACACAAGGAAUUCGAAGUUGAAUUUACCAUGAAUUUUAUUUUUUUUUUGUUU